AUUCUCUGCUGCCCUUCUUUGUACCCGACAACAUGAUCCAGACCAGUCGGAGUUGCUCUCACCUGUUCGAGAAGCUAUACACUCGCUGUACCUGAGGGAAAUGACUCUCUGCGACCCCUUCUCAGCCGCUCUCGUGCUCAAUCCCACGCCGGAGUGGACUGCCCCGAUGCUGGUCGCAUAAAUGGACAAUGAAGUAAGUUUGGAAAUUUCUUCACAGCUCAGACAAUAGGAAAUACCUCUCUCCUCCUCGACAAUCCCCUUCAUUCCUACCUCCAUCAUCCGACUCCAGUCCCAAUGGAGCCUGUUUAUCAAUCCCUCACCGACCGUGCCCUCUCCCUUAAGCAAGACCUCAUCAACGAGAAACAUCGAAACCGCGUCGUGGUGAUAUUGGCAGGGCCCCCAGGCUCAGGAAAGACUACAAUAGCAGGCAAAGUCGCGCAACGACUCAAUGCCAGCUCAGAUACACCAAUUGCAGCUGUAGUUCCAAUGGACGGCUUCCACCUCCCUCGAUCGACCCUUGACGAAAUGCCGAAUAAAGCAGAAGCCUACGCUCGUCGGGGUGCAUCUUGGACUUUCGAUCCAGAUGGCAUACUUGGUCUGGUCACCAAGCUCUCAGCUUCGAGAUCUGAGCGGAUAGAGACAAUUCUUGCUCCCUCCUUCGACCAUGCAGUGAAAGACCCCGUCGCAGAUGGAAUAAGCAUUUCCAAGGAUAUACAGUUCGUGAUAUUGGAGGGCAAUUAUCUGCUUCUGGAUGAGGCUCCUUGGAACAAGAUCAAAGGGAUGGUGGACCAGAGUUGGUUCGUGGAUGUCGACCCUCUAUUGGCCAAGGAACGCAUUGCGAAAAGGCAUAUCAAAAGCGGGAUCGAGAACAAUUGGGAAUCGGCUAUAAGAAGGGCGGAAAGUAACGACCUGCUGAAUGGAGAUAUGGUUAGACAGAACCUGGUUCAACCUGAUGUGUUGGUACAUAGUGUCGAGGAAUGAUGUCUAUCUUCGUUUCUAAGUUUCUGGUACGGAUACAACGAGCAGAAUAUUUUCUUCUGUCUCAUCUCUAUUCCCCCGCGAUCUUAGUGGAUCAAGGACCACGCAAUGUCGAUUUGAAUCGACUUGACUAUCUUAUUCGAGAGCGUGGGGUCGUGUAAUCUCUCCUUCA